AUGGAUUCGAAACCUGAAACUCUCUGCCGGGUGUGCGGAGACAAAGCCUCGGGCAAGCAUUAUGGAGUUCCUUCGUGUGAUGGCUGCAGAGGAUUCUUCAAACGAAGUAUUCGACGUAACUUGGACUAUGUAUGCAAGGACAAAGGACGAUGCAUUGUUGACGUUAGCAGAAGAAAUCAGUGCCAAGCUUGCCGCUUCUCCAAAUGUCUGAGAGUUAAUAUGAAGAAAGAUGCUGUUCAACAUGAACGCGCGCCUAGACCGAUCAACACUCAACAACAGGUCUCACUUCACAAACUCGGAUACAAUUUCUCGCGACAACCAUAUCCAAACUCACUUCCGUUUUCCCCUUUUACAUACAACCUUUCUGACCGACACAUCAAUGCACCAAUUCUAGAAAGUUCAUUCCAAGAGUUCCGACUCCCUGAUACGUCUCUCGCAGACAUGCAACACCUAAGUCCACUAUUGAGUGCUCAAGCAGCACUCAGUUCCGCAAAUCCUUUUAAAGUUCCUUUAUUCCCGUCACACUUACACUACCCUGUGCCACAUCCAGGAUAUUUAUCUACUAAUAUUUUAUAUCCUCCAAUAAUAUCUAUGGAGAGUCUAAGAAAAGUGGAAUCUGUUAGCGAUAAAACAAUUACUUCUCAAAACAAUAUAUUAUUUUAUAAUAAAACGAAGACAGCUGAGAGGUCCAACUCCCCGCAAGUUGAUAAAAUGAAGGAAGACGAAGUAACAAGUUCUGAAGAAGCUUGCAGAGAACGCAAAGAUGUACGUGUCUGCAGUCCGACAUUUGAAAAAAAAUCUAAAUAUGCAACUACAUAUGAUCCGGAAAGUAAUUCAGAUCAUGAAAAGAAAGACAGAGACAAUCAUUCAAAUAAACAAAAAAGCCUACCAGAGAGUACUAUCGAAGACGAUAGAGCUAACUAUGAGGGCAAAAAGUUAGACUUUAUGCAUUGCAAUACGGAAAACCUGUAUGCUCCAGCAGCAAAAUUGCUCGUAGUUACAAUAAAGUGGUUACACACGCUUGCUCCAUUUAGACAAAUGACACAGAGUGAACGGAAUGAUCUUGUCAUAAAUAACUGGAAAGAAUUGUUUGUAUUAAAUGCCGCUCAACAUUCUUUUUCAUUUGAAGAAGAACAAAUAACAGCACUAAUGAGUUCAAGACGACCAAGUAUUGUGAAAGAAAUGAAGAAGCUUACUUCAUUGAUUAAAAAAAUAACUCUUCAUGGGCUGGAUAAGUUGGAGUACGAAUGCUUAAAAUCAGCUAUACUAUUUCGAACAGAUUCUCUAGAUUGCCCGUCAACGUCACGUGACAUCGAAAUGCUGCAAGAGGAAGUGUUGCUUCAUCUGCAGCGGCACUGCUCAACUAAGGAUAGUUUUAGACUCGGCAAGAUAAUGUUACUAUUGCCAAGCGUGUGUCGGUUAGUUAACCACGGCGUGUUAGAGGAUUUAUUGUUCUCUUCUACCUCUGUCGAUGAUAUUAAUGCUACCCUAGCACGUAUUUUAAUGUAUACAGAAUAA